AUGAGACUUUCACUUUUUCUGUCUGCUAGUGCAGCUUUCUUGCUCGCAACAGCUACAUCAAACGAAGGAUCGCUAUCUGAGGCCAUCAAAGGCCUCGCCAAGGGCAACGGCGUUCAAGUGCUAGGGUAUGAUGGAGUGCUGCGUAGCCUGAAUCUAGAGCGCACCAAGGUCAUCGAUUACAUCCAACUCGACAAAGAUCAAGUUGCCGAGUAUGUUAAGACCCGCUUAGAUGAGAGUGUCCGAGAGCACUUCACUGGAGUCGACGGCACGACCGUUAUCUCCAAGGAACAGUUGCUAGCUGUUCCAGACUUCAUCCAGCCGUAUGUACCAAAGCCGCAGACAUCCAAGCCAGGGAAAGAGGUGUCUCCUUUACUGGAAAAGAGAGCCUGUAACGACCAUGCCUGCGACGGAAACGAAGAUUGUUGGGAGUUGAACUGCGACGACUGCGUGUGGCGGUCCCAAUACUGUGGAGGAGGAUCUUGGGGCUGUAUCAACUACUACCGUUGCUCAGAAAUCUAUUGA